CUGACGGCCUAAUACUGUACCAAAACAAAUUAAUUUAUUGAUCGAAUAACUAAUUAUCUUAAUAAUACUUCUAGAAAUGUUGCUGAAAAGAAAUUUACUCGAAACUGUAACAAUAAUAUCUUGUAGUGGCACAGUCAUAUGUAUUCUACUAAACUAUGUCACAAAUAUAUCGCCUAUCACUGGAAUUUGGUUCAUAAUUUAUCUUUUAUUAUUGUUCGUUGGGUCUGUGUUCGGCAGUUUUAAAUUUAUUCAAUGGUUACUUCACCUCAAUAAACCUUUGAAGUAUGAUUUAGAUAUUCUUUUAAAGAAAUAUCCUUUCUUGUCAUUCCUUACCGAUGUUUUACCGCAAAUUCAAAAGAAGGUUGAAAAUGAACAUACAAAAGAAUAUGAUACGAAUGAACUAAGUGUGAUAACGUCGGUAUUGGAAAAGAAGUUGGUUUCGUCGUGGUAUAUGACGUAUAUUUCGCAAGAAAUUGGUUUUCCAUUUGCAUGUAAGCAAAUGUUGGAUCAAAUGAUUGCCAAAACGUUUCAGAUAUGUAAUAAAAUAGACACUAAAGAUGUAUAUGUAGACACUUGUGGCAUAUUCAUAACUCAUUUGAAAGAAUAUAAAAAAGCUUUAAAAAGACAUGAAUCCAAUCCUGAAAACUCAAUAGAAGUACUAUACAAGAAGAUUCAUCCAGUAUUUAACAAUAAGAAGCCAGUAACAGCUGACCAUUGUACUGAUGUGUUGAGAAUUAUUCUAAAAGAAUUAGUACCUUGGGAAUUGUGGGACACACCAUACUCCGAGCUGCUCAUCAGGAUUCUUGCCAAAAAGCUAGAUAAUUUAAUUGAUAACACAAUAUCUGACCCAGUAUGGCUAAAUGACAGAUUACUCUCUCUGCUCAAAGUACAAGAUAAAAUUUCCGAAGAAAAGCCAGCCAAUGAGCCCGCUGUCGAAGUUAAUGAAGAAGAACCUAUAAAACAAGAACCUGUAAAACAAGAACCUCCUGAAGUUAAAUCUAGUCCAAGAAUUACCAAAAAGAAUGUAACACCAGUGAAUCAAAACAAUAUAAAUGAGGAACAUAAAGAAGAUGAAAAGUCUGAGCCUGAGAAGGCCGUAGAAGGGAGUGAGCCGUUGGAAAUAAAACCUGCAGCAAUCUUGAGACAACGCAGAGGUAGGCAGGGAAGGAAUGAAGUCAAGAUAUAUGACAGAAUUAUUGAAGGCAGUGUCAAAACUUGGGACACUGAUAUAGACUUACAGUGCAUCAGUGUUGGUCAGGAUCUGCUGGCUAGUCUGGAUGAGAUGACCCUAAGCCGGCUCUGGGGUCAUGAGGAGGCUGAACAAAGUCCCAAGAUGCGGGAUGCAUCCCCACAACCACUAUGGUUUGGCGAAGAAGACACGAUUGAAUCUGACCCAGAGACUAGCAAGGAUUCCAAGAAGGAAACGAGUCCCAAGCCCACCGAAGCCUUGCUGAAAGACCUUCAGACCACCGUGCACCACGCCAAGACCAAGAUAGGAGACCUGCAGGUCCCAUUAUACAUAGAUGUGCCCCGCAAACAUUCCAGUGAUGAAGCAGCGGGCAUGAUGGAGGGCCUGCUGGAUAAAGGUAUCGCAGGUAUUAAGAAGGGCCUCCGAUUCACAGGGUUAAGCGAUGAUUCACAAGAAAAAUCACCAGCUCAUAAAGAUAGGAACAGUGAAAAAAUAUCACCCUCGGAUCUGCAUAAGAGCAGACAGAAGCCAGAAGUCGUCAUGGAAGUGAAGGAGUCCUAUAUGCCUUUCGGUAACCACAAAGAAGAAAACGGGACUUCUCAUCCAUUAGUCAAACAGCAGAGGGUCACUUCACAGGAUAGUAUGCACUCGACCGCGGCGCCGCAGGCCGUCGGCGCGGGCCCGUGGGGGCGGAGGGCGGAGGGCGGCGCGCCCGAUUCGCUGUCGGAGUCCCCGGAGCCGCAGUACGAGGAGGCGGCCGACCUGUCCGCCAGCAUCGCCAAGCUGCGCACGUUGCUUCAGCACGCCGGGCCCAGGGAGGAGGCGUGGUGGGAGAGCUCGGAGCACACGCGCACGCGAGCGCACGCGCACGUCGACUCCGCCGCGCUCGCCGACGAGUAUGACAUGAACUUGGACCGCGGCUCCUCUCCCGGGCAGACGACCAACAACAUGCAGAGAUUAGACAAAUUAUUCCAGCGCACGGUCACGGGAGUGUUUAACUCGAUAAAGACAGCCGUCGGUGCCGAGGGGGAGGAGGCGCCCCCCCGGCAGCUACACGAUUGGACGUACGUGUGCACCUCGCCCGAGUUGAGUGUGAGCGGGCGCGCGGCGCGGCUGUGGGCGGCGCGGCGCGCGCUGUGGCACGUGGACGCCGCGCUCGACCCGCUGCGCGCGCUGCCCGCGCCCGCGCGCGCCGCGCCCGCGCCGCUCGACCUCGGUACGCUGCCUCGGUACGCUGCCUCGGCCCGCCUCACGCACCUUCCCCACUUGAGUUCGGGGUGCCCGGCCCCUCCUAUCUUUGUUUUGAAAUUAACCUGCGGUUUCGCAUCUGACGUGGACGCGGUCGAUGGUUGCCCUGCCCGCCUUCCUGUGAUUCAUGCGUUACUGUCUGUGCCAGAGGAGUGGUGCGCGACUGUGGGUCGCGGUUGGUGCGCUAGUGCGGAUAGUUGGUGCGCAAUAGGGGUGUCGGACGAACACCUCGCCUUCCGGCUCGCUACCCUGCUGUGUGCUGACCUAGCCGAAACCCUGAUAACCGCGUGGCUAGAUGACUUCAGCGGUUGGUUAAAGAAGCAAGUGUUCUUGUACUUCGAUCAGCUCUCUAAGCCGACGGACACGACCGCCGAAAAGAAACUAAGAAAAUUUAAUAUUGAUGAAACGUGCCAAAUCGUCUCGGAAUCGAUUCCAGAGACAUAUCUGUUCAGCGAGAAAACCGUAUCCGAUUCGGUCCGGCUUGUAGUAUCCAGCUUCAGCCACAAGGAAGUGAAUAAGGACGUAAUAUUUCGUGCGUUGGAUAUUUUCGCGGUUCACUUCAAGAAAUCCGCCGGCCUGCGGAACCCUUCCUUUGACAACAAUUAAUCUCGUUUGACUAUCGUAUUUUUAUAUUAUUGUCUAAGACUCUAUAUGCUGCAUUAAUUAUCAGAAUAACCGUGUAAGAAAUGCAAAUUCCUGUUUACUAUUAAAAUGUACGAAGAAUAUAAUAAUCACAAAAAAUCUUUAAAAGUAUUAUUAAUAUAAUUAAUUAAAAAUUAUUAACUCAAUGAUGAGAAUUUGAAAUUUCUCAUUUAUAUUUCCUUACAUUCCUUGCAAUACCAAAGAAAGCUAAACGAAAUUUAUCAAAGUACGGUUGAACUAAAAAAGUUGCCAUCCUGUUUAAUCAGAUACGUGAGAAAGAGAUGGUUAUAUUAGUCAAUGUUUUAAUAUAGAAAUUUUAUUAGUAAUAGAACUGUCAACAGUUUUUUUGUUCAUUUAUUAUGUUAUUUUAUAUGCAUGUAUGUAUUUUUUGUGCUGGUCACACUUGUAAAAAAUGAUGUUAUAUUGCAACACUUUUAACAACUUAUUACCAAGACUUUACAUUUUAAGACAUUAUGGAUCUCUGG